AUGCGACGCGCAGUCCACUCGUCACCUUCGCUCUCGACCACGCCCACCGAGGUCGUUAGCGCCGCCGUGUCCCCCCAGUUCCUUGAGGAUGAUCCUUCCCUCUUCGACCACGCGUAUGCGUCCCUGCGCAUGUCCGCGCAAGCGUCAACAUCUGCCCAGGCAACCCAGCCCUCAGUUGAGGAAUGGAUGCCGGUACGCGACUCCGACUUUGAGCACGAGGACUACGAGCCACCAGAUUCGGCGUCUUUUCCCUCUCGGCCUCUCCCCACUCCACCAAAACCCACUUCGUUCGAUGCAGCGUUGAAGAAGCCGCGUCGCCGGCGCCGGACCGCCGCCGAACUCGCCACGCUCGAAGCUGCAACACCGCCCCUGCCUCCCGGUACGGUACCGAGUGCAGACGAGACGCGCUUCGACUGGCGUCAGCGCGCGUUGUCUGCCACACCGCGCGCCAAAGGCCGACACUGGUUUCCCGACGCUUGGCGCUCACGCGUGCCCCCGCCCAUGACCAAGGUGUCUGAAGUGCAGCCGCUGUGGGCCGAGAUCAGGAGGUACGCCGAGCACUUUAUCCCCCUCCUGCAGGCGGAGCAGGAGGAGGCCGAGCGGCAGUUUGCUGUGCGUCUGCGCGAGUGGCCGGAUGAGCAGCUUCGACGAGAGGGAUACAUGCUGGCCGAGAUGAGUGCGAGCACAGCAUGGCAGCCCAAGUUCAAAGUCGAGGGCACCGUCAUCUCGUUCUACCCCACUGGCCGUGCAGCAACCCGUCCUCUGCCACCGCACCAAUUCGAGCCGGGCCAGACGGUCAUACUGAGCCGGACCGACCCGCUAACCAACGCGGUCGCAGAUCCCAAGGGGCCUGAGGACACGCCGCUGCGCGGCAACGUCCUCAGCCACGGUCGGGGCAAUGUGCGCGUCAUCUUUUCGCAUGCGCCGCCGGAUAUCGGUGAGGGUAAGUGGCGCAUCGAUAUUGGGUGCUCUGACCUCGCGUUCAAGAAGCAAAAGGAGGCACUCACGCGGCUCAACCUCGAUCCUGUGGCGCAGGACAUGGCCGAGUUCGCUGACAAGCCGUCCAAGCCGGUCCCUACGGCCAUGGAGGAUGAGGUGUUGGCUGCCGCUGACGCCGCGCGACAGAAGACGCCAGAACAACGUAUUCUGUUUGGCACGGCGCUGCGUGACCUGCUCCUCCGCCGAUUCCAGGCCGACUACACGCCCAAGCUCGACAUCGAGGGUGCCGAGAGUGUCGAGGACGACGUAGCUGCUGAGACGCACAACAUGGCGCCGGGGGACAUGGAAGCGGGCGUGAGCCUGGGCCUGGGUGACGCCGAUGCGCCGCGCGGCAUCCUCACGCAGAACAAGCUCAUCGACUCGUGGACGCGGCGAUACCGUACACCGGCGGGGGUCAAGCCGCUCGUCGUUGAAGGAGACCCAGAGAUCCCGCUCAACGACAGCCAGACGCGUGCGAUAGCCAUGAUGCUCAGCGAGCGCCUCAGCUUGGUCCAAGGUCCACCUGGGACUGGCAAGACGCGCGUCAUCGUUGAGGCGAUCAAACUGCUCAAGCGGCACUGGCAAGUGCCGCAUCCGAUCCUCGUGUGCGCGCACACCAACGUGGCUGUUGACAACGUACUCGCCGGACUACGAGAGCAUGGCCUCAAGGUUGUACGCUUCGGGACGGCCAGCCGCGUGCCCGAAUCGCUGCAGGAUUUGACGUUCGAAGCGCUUCUCGAGAAGCACCCCAUGUGGGGCUAUCUUGACAAGAUGCGGCGCGAGCGCGAUGACGUCCAGAGCGAGAUGGCCAAUGGGGGAUUGAGCAAGCAGGCGGCCGAGGGCAAGCAGAAGCAGAGCACUGCGUUGAACCGGCGCAUAUUUAUGUUGCGGCGACGUAUCCAGUUCGAGGUGCUCGCCGACGCCGACGUUGUGUGCACGACCUGUCUAUCAGCCACGAGUAGAUGGCUCGACGCAAUCGACUUUCCCUUCGUGUUCCUCGACGAAGCGAGUAUGGCAACCGAGCCGCUUUCACUCGUACCUCUCACCAAGGGCAGUGCGCAAGUUGCCAUUAUCGGGGACCAUAAGCAGCUCCCGCCCGUGAUUGUGAGCGAGGCGGCGCAGGCGGGAGGUCUCGCCACUUCGCUCUUCGAGCGCCUCAUCCAUGAGCACCACAUCCCCUCCAUCAUGCUCGACACGCAGUACCGCAUGCAUCCCAGCAUCUCGGCAUUCAGCGCCGGCGCGUUCUACGACGGCGCCCUGCGCGACGGCACGCGCCUUCCUGACGGCCGCUUGCGCCCGGGCCUCGAGCCGCCUGUUACUGCCUUCCUCCUCCCCAACGAGCGCGGCGAGACGAUGAACAUGACCUUCCUGAACCAUGACUUCCCUGAGAGCCCACAGAACCGCUCCAUUGCCAACCACCAUGAAGCUGGGAGAGUCUGUGACAUUGUUGCUGACCUGUUACACAACAACCCCACGCUGCGGGGCAACGACAUUGGCGUGAUUGCGCCGUAUGCCGCCCAGAUCCGCACCAUCUCCGAGUACCUGACGGGGGACGCAGCGCGCGGUGCGGCCUUCCAGGCGUGGCUCGGCGCGGAUCGCGCAGCAGAGGUGGGGGACAUCGAAGUCAAGACUGUGGACGGGUUCGAGGGGCGCGAGAAAGAGGUCAUCCUCUUCAGCACAACGCGGUGUAACCCGGCAGGAUACAUUGGGUUCUUGGCCGACUGGCGACGGUUGAAUGUUGGCCUGACCCGCGCCAAGCGGGGACUGAUAAUCCUGGGCUCGGCGGCGACGCUGAGCUCUGCACGGAUCGGAAACUAUGCUGCCGACUCCCUCCCGCGGGAUGGCGUCAAGGUCUGGCGCCAAUUCGUGAAGUACCUCAAAGACGGGGGGAUGGUGAUGGACGACCCGGCGUAG